AGACUCGAUCUUUGAAUUUGAAAUGUAUGCUCACGUGUUUCGACAUUGUAUCCUGCAAAAACAACAAAUUCAAGUCACGGUUAUACUAGUGUUAUCUAGUUAUCUAUAGUUAUACGUAUUAUACUUCAAUUAUCAGUUCUACUAGUUUUACCAAGUUAUGCUUCAACUACAUAUCAAAUUGAGGUUUCAGGUACUAUAAGCUCAAGAACCUCAACUCAACUCAACUCAACUCAACUCAAUUCCAUAGAGGCAACUCAAAUCAAUCAACCAACCAUAUGCUUUAAUUAAUUCACAUUUCCAAUUACACACCCUAAAAACAAUUUUUAUCCAAUGCAGCUUGGGGAGGAGAACAACUAACCUGCAUUCGCCGGAGAAUCCAACGAUCGAGCUUUCUGGGGAGCUGAGAGAUUUCUCGGGAGCUGCGAAUGAAUUCGACGAGCUGGAAUCGAUCGAGCUUGGGGCGGACUCACGAUGGGGAUUUCUCGCUUUAAUUUCAUAUUUUUUGUUUUAUUUUAUUUUUUAUCUAUUUAAUUGACAUUGAAUCAGAAUCAUAUAACCAAACCGCCCAAUCUAUAAACCCGCCAUAACCAAAACCGAAAUUUGUGCCGAACCAGAACCAGAACCCCUCCUCUCAACCCGACAUCUCCGAUUCCCUCAAUUUUCGAUUUUUCCAUUUUUUUAUUUCACCCACGGAAGGGUAUAAACGACAUUUCGCGACUCAUUAAUGAAUGAGGGGCAUAGGUGGUUGAUAGAGCCCAUAGGAGAUUUUCGAACUCACGUUUAGGGGCUCCAGAGGAGAUGCCUCCUUCCUCAUUGUUAAUGUAAACAAAACGCUACUUCACCAGAGACCUAUCAAGAUCCCAACUCAAAUUUGAAUAAUUUGGACAAUCUGAGAUCAAACAUUAAGAACUUUUAAUUUCUAUAACCACACUAAAUGAGCAGAAAUGAAGAAGAAGAUCUUUCGUUUAAAAAGAAGAUUUUCAAAACUCAUAUCAGAUUAAAGGGAUACGUUACCUUAUGGAAGGCUCAAAUUUCGCCGAAGAUCUGAUAAUUCUUUCGUUUCUGCUUUGUUAAUUAAAUGUGAAUUGUAAAAAAGUUGUGAUACACAGCAGCACAGACAGAGACCCCACACACACUAAAGAGUUUGUGAUAGGUCCCUUGCCAAGAGAUAUCUAUUGUUGAUCUAGAAACAUGGAUUUGAUACCAAUUAAGGUCCCUCUUCAAAUCAAAGAGAAUUUGCCAAAGGACAAACUAAGAACACACACUUUUCUUUGGGUAGUUAGACUACCUCUUUUUAGGUUUUUCAUUCAUAUAAAUAGCAAAGCGUACAUGAAGCAAAGAAAUGGAAAGUGGAGCACCAACUCCUAACAAACAUGAAAUGGGAAACGUGACAUGAAGAUUGGUUCCUAUAGUUAAGGAAGACCACUUCUUUUAUUAAUAAAACUAGAAAAUAAAUGAGUCGUGAGACUCCUUCAUGCGAGAUUCUUGCCCUUUGGUUGACGUCGUCUAGCUGAUCUCGUACUUGCCACCUCAGCACGUGCUUGACUUCUAGUAUCCUAUCAAUACCCCGGUGGUCUAAAAGAACCUUGUCCUCAAGGUUCAUGUGCAUUGAGGAAAACUUCACUUGAAUUGAUUCUCUUCCUCCCCGGUUGAUUCUUCUAGUUGUGAUGUUUUUCAACGCACUACGGCUUCCAAGACCAAGCUGUCUCCAUGGUUCGUUAUUAACAAUAAUUUUUUUGAAUAAAAAGAGUUUUUGUUUUUGAGUGAAAAAGAAAUAUAAAAUCCUUUUUUUUUUUUUGAAAUCGAAAACAAUGGAAGAAUUAUAGAUAUUAAUCCAUACAAAAGAAAGGAUGUUGAACUUGAUCAACAAACCCGAGUAGAAAAUGGUGAAAAAAAAAGCAAUGAAAAGAACAAUAGCUGGAUAGAUCUCGAUAAACGUUGAUUCCGUAGAAUGGCCAUUCGUCAAGGUUUCUUGAUAAUCAUUGAUUUAUAGAGAAUACUGAUAACAAGUAAGAUGGAAAAAUAUUAAGUUUUUGAUACCACAAAGUGGUCCGGAUCAAAAACAAAACAUGCUCUGAUACCAAUUGAUAGGUUCCUUGACAAGAGAUAUCUAUUGUUGAUCUAGAAACAUGGAUUUGAUACCAAUUAAGGUCCCUCUUCAAAUCAAAGAGAAUUUGCCAAAGGACAAACUAAGAACACACACUUUUCUUUGGGUAGUUAGACUACCUCUUUUUAGGUUUUUCAUUCAUAUAAAUAGCAAAGCGUACAUGAAGCAAAGAAAUGGAAAGUGGAGCACCAACUCCUAACAAACAUGAAAUGGGAAACGUGACAUGAAGAUUGGUUCCUAUAGUUAAGGAAGACCACUUCUUUUAUUAAUAAAACUAGAAAAUAAAUGAGUCGUGAGACUCCUUCAUGCGAGAUUCUUGCCCUUUGGUUGACGUCGUCUAGCUGAUCUCGUACUUGCCACCUCAGCACGUGCUUGACUUCUAGUAUCCUAUCAGUUUGCCUCUAAUGUUUAUGCUAAUUUAAGAGACUGCGAGUUGUUUUUCUUCUACUAAACCGGCACACGUUCUGUUUCUCAGAAAGUAAUUGUUCAGUAUCGUACUUUUACAAAAUUAAUACUAUCAAAAACAAACAACUUUACCAAACACAGAUUUAAAGUCAAACGCAGCCAUGCUACAAUAAACUAGAGGAAACGACGACAACAAAAAUAGUAUCAGAUAAUAAAAUUAGAAGUACUAAAGUGAUAACAACAAAAAGUAACAAUGUUAUUUGAAAAACAGAUACUUGCAAGGACUUAAACAUAAGGAACUUCAAAUAUGAGAUUUUGUACAUUAUAAAUUCAAAUAUGAAGUUUCACUGUACAAAACAUCAAAAUUUAAAAUUUUGAACUUGCUUUUAGAGCAAGUAAAACUCCAUAUUUGAAGUUUUGAAAUUGAUUUUGGAGAUGUUCUUAACAUGAAACAAUUGGUUUUGAUUUGUACUCAAUUAUAUGUUCGCUUCAGUUUAAAAUGUAUUUUCUUAACAAAUUGUACAAUCAAUGAAGUUAUUGCUUUAGUCGGAUAAUAAUGUUUAGCAACAUAACCGAUAACGUGGAUAUUCAUUAUAUCAACAUAAAAUAAUGAAAAAACAAAUAACAUAUAUAUAGUAAAGAGUCAAUAAAUUAAUACUCGGCAAAUGAAUAGGCACAAUAAUUAAUAAAUUUUAUUGGUCUUGAAUUGGACAUAUGUAAAAUAUAACAUAAUUCGAUAAAAUAAUAAUAACAUAACUAUUAUAUAUAACUUUUAUAUAAACAUAAAUAAAACAUCUUUUAAAAAAUGAAUUCAUCUUUCAUCUUUUUUUUUCAAUUUCAAUAUUCUGAUGUUUCUAUUGAAUUACAGAUAAAAGACAUUUAUAUACUAUCAUCAAAUUCAACACACAUGAUAUAUCAAUUAAUUUAAUAAAGUAGAUAAAAUUUAACUAAUAUAUAGUAUCAUAAAGUUAAUUUUUUUUAACAAUAUAAUCAGCUAUUGUAACACAAACAACAUAUAUCUUAUCACAUAUAAUUCCUUCUCACCUAAAACUUUCUAAAAGACAAAAAAAAAACAUUAUCAUACACAUCUCUUGGAAAUGCAAACUUAUAACACAAACUACAAAAUCAUGCAAAAAUAAUAAUCUAGAUCACAAGUAAAGUAUAUAUAUAUAUAUAUAAAAUUGUCUGCCUCUCUCCUAAGCCAUCCAGCUGGAAACUCGUUCUCUGAGGGGCUGACACUUGUCCGCUUUUUAUAAAACGCGUCGUAUCACUUAAAUUUUAAUAGAUCCGUGUUGGGCUUAGAUUUCGUUAUUGGGCUUCAGUUUAAUUGAGAGAAAGAGGUCGGGCACAUGAAUUAGGGUCCGACGGUCGUCUUCUCCAAACUCAGAUGACGUUCCUGAUACCUUCAGCAGAGAAACGGAUCUACCUUUAAUCCCAUUGAUUGGUGCCUCCACGAUGUGUUUUCAAUGCGAUCCUUACGCCUCAGAGGUGGUGCGAUUAUUGCGUAUAAAUAGGGGUCACCCCUCUCAUCCUCGACGCACCCACGCUUUCCUACAUAGAUUCUUCUUUGUUUUUGUCAUGUAUGCUCCGAAAGUUUUCUUCUCAGACCUCAAGUCCGGCAAGUGCUCCUCCGUCGUUGAGGCUCGGCUUCUGCGGUCCUGGGAGGCAAAAAAUGUCAAACGCGAUGGGGAAUUGAUGUGGGUCGACAUGCUCUUGAUUGACGUCAACGCGACAAUGAUGCAGGUCACCAUCAAUGCUAACCGCCUUUCACGAUUCCGUUCCAAACUCGCCGCCGGGACGAUGUACACCGUCUCUGGCUUCGAUGCGGCGGCGAUGAGGGACUUUCUAGUUUCUUCGUUCGAUCUGAAACGGUUCUAUCUAUGGCUGCAUGGUAAAUCGAAUUGAUCGGAUUUUAUCAUUUUGUGAGUUUCGUCAACGGAAGAGAAAGAUGGUAGUACAGCUCCUAUUAUCGAGACUAGGAUGCAAGAACCGACCCUUUUUCGGGUAAUGGCGGCGGAUAGCAGAUCUCCGAGAGACGGGAAGCACAUCGAGGUCUUGGGUUACUUCAAUCCUCUGCCAGGCCAGGAUGGUGGUAAGAGAAUGGGUCUCAAGUUUUAUAGAAUCAAGUAAGUUUCCUUAUCAUCUUUUCACAUUUGAGUUUGUGAAUGGAGUUGGAUGAUUUAGACCAUUGUUAUAAGGGAAGGCUCUCUUAGUUUAUUAAUAUGUGAAUGGAGCUGGAAACGUUAUUAGAAUGAUUCUUCAGUUCAUUGUAGCUUUGUGAAAGUAGUUUCCUUUGUUCAAAGGAGCAAUGCGUUUUUUUAAUCAUGUUUCUUGAGAUUGUCUUCUACUUACUUAAAUCACUCUUCUGGGUUUCUGCAUUUGAAAUGUUUUGGUCUAAGAUAUCAGUCAGGGUUUGCAGUCACAUUUACACAAUGAUUAGCUAUAUUUCCUUGGAUAUUUUCUCUUUCAUAUGUGUUGUUAUGACUACUUUCUCUGUUUUCUUUGAUUGAAUUUUGCAAUGUUUUUUUUUCAAAACAAAAAAAAUUUGCUUUAUUUUCUGGUGGUUUCGUGGCAGCUCCAUAACUUGAGUUUUAGGGGUUUUCAAAGUGUAAGCUCCAUAACAAUUGAUUUUCCAUAACAAUGUAAGUUAUCAAUGGGUAAUCUUCUGGUUUGUAUUUGUCACGUAGAAACUUCGAAUCCAUAUUUGGCUAUUUGAGCGGAAAGAUCUGAAGACUGAAGAAAUAAUUAAUGUAAAUCUGUACUACACAUUUUUAGCUAUGAAUCUGUUCCGAACAGAGCUCCAUGAGCAUGUACUUUGUAAUUCCUAGCUUAGUUUUCUUUCUAAAUCAAGUUUAAAUACACUGUUUAAUCGAUCUCUUUGUUUUCUCAAGUGUUCAGGAAUUCAUGGUGUUCUUUGUGCGGCUGAAUUCAUGGAGUACAAACACUACCGAGUAAGUUCAUCAACACACUACUGAGGAAUUCAUGGUGUUCUUUGUUCAGAAAGUUGCUUCACAUUUUAUUUUUCUUGCAUAUUCAAUUCGUGUCCAUUGGCCACUAGACUAACUUAAGGUUAUGUUCUUGAUUCAUCUGUCCCCUUCACAUUAUGUAUCUGAGGUUGAUCAAGAUUACAUGUUUAUGGUGACAGGGCCUAGGUCUUGAUGCCUGCAUAAUCUACAUAGAUGGUGCUUAUGAUACUUUUCAGUUGGCCACACUAAGCUAAAUGUCAACACUACUGAGGAAUUCAUGGUGUUCUUUGUUCAGAAAGUUGCUACAUAUUUUAUUAAUCUUUAUGUUUUUCAUUUUCCCUGUUUUUGUCGAUAGAAUUUGAGCGUAAUAUGUAUUUGACUACAUAGAUCUUCAAAACUAUAUUUUUGAAAUGAGAAGAGAGUUUAUUUUUAACAAAUUAUUUGCUUCUUUUUGAGAAAUUUAACAUUUGAUAGUGAUUAUUAAAUGCACCAGUUUUUAAAAGAACAUGGACAAAAACUAAGCAAACACAUUCAUACGACAGUGGUUGUAUAUCACACACAAUGGAAUUUUCAUGGUUUAUCAAUCCUGACACUUCCGGUGAUUCACGUUCAUGUUAGUAAGAAUCACUAUUAACAACAGAUCAUUGCUCUAUUCUCACGCACUAAGUCACAAAUACGAUUUACAAACAGUACUAAACACGCAAAUAAUUCAAUAUCCAGAUUUCCAAAUUCAUAUGGUGUCCAACUAACUAGAAAAACUAAAGCGGUUGAUAGCAACAACAAAUUCCAUCAACCACGGGUUCAGCAUCAUCCUAAAGACCUCCGUGAAACAAGUAUGUCACAAAAUGAAGACUCUUAACUUCUACAAAGCAAAUUCCACUAAUUCACACAAGAAGACAAGAACGAAGUGAUGAAAAUAUUAUUACUUCUUCAUGACUUUAUUCCUCCUACCAGGUUUCUGUUUAGGAAGAGAAACAUGAAAGGCUACGUAUAUUAAUAUCAAAAACAAUUAUACGUAACCAAAAAAAAAACAUGUCCAUCGCUUCCAUUAAUAUUCUACAGAAACAAAAAAAGUAAUGUCAUCUCGAACAAACACAGACAACUCACAACACCAUCACAAUCAAAACAUUAUCACCUACUUAUCAUAUUCCAAAUUGAAUCAAAAGAUAACUCAAUAAACGAAUGCAGAAAAAAUAUAAAAAAUAACACAAAUACUGUUUACUAAACAUAUACUCAAACUGUUGAAAUUAUUUUAAAAAUCACAUCCCGUCCGUAGGGCGGGCCGACCCUAGUAUAACAAUAAAAUUGGAUUGUUUCCCUUCUAACAAGCCACCUCAGAAUUGCAUAUCUCAAAUUGUGACACGUGUACUCAUCCAUAAUCUAAAGUUGUGUUUCGAUUUCGUUUUGUUUUCUGGGCUUUAGUUUUUAAAUUGGCCUGUAACUAAUAUAUGCAUUGGUUAAUGCUUUGCCAGUUUCUGAUUGUUUCACGUUAGUAUUGAUUUUAGGUCCACAAAAAUCCAAAUCUAAUCUAAAAAAAUAUGCGACUCUUGGAGGCUAUGGACACUCUGCCAAACCAACGUUCUGUAAUUAUGCCAUUGAAUCGAGGAAACCCAAAGUCCUCUUAACCGCAUCUUCAGUUCUUCACUGAGAGCCCUCUCCAAAUCCCUCCAUUCCAAUGACCUCGGGGCUGUUUGUUUCACCAUUUGUCAUCUCCAUCUAAAUGAUUCAUUUGUAUGAUAUUCAGAUUUGUGACAAAAAAAAAAUGAUCUAUUCAGAUGAUCCAUUAAGAUUUUUGUGAUUGUUUGUUUGUCCAUCCACAUACUCAUCUAGAUGAAUCAUCUAAAUGAAUUUUAUGUUUGUUUCUUUAUUUUCAUUUUCAUUCAAAUGAGUUUAGUAAACAAAUUACCAAAAUAUCCUUGUGUUGGUUUAAUCAUAUGUUUGAUAUUAAUUUUAACUAUAUUACAUUUAAUUAUUUAGUUUAAUAUAUUUACAUUGGAAUUAUUUCAAAAUUAACGAAUUUUCUUCUUGAGGUUUGGGCGGGAAAAAAAAAAGAUUUUUCGGUUUAAGAGAGAAAACACAUUUUUGGUUUUGGCGGGAAAACAAGAUUUUUCGGUUUUGGCGGAAAAACGAGAUUUUUUGGUUUUCGCGGAAAAAUAUAAAUUUUCGGUUAAGGCGAGAAAACACGUUUUUGCGGUUAAGGCGAGAAAACACGUUUUUGCGGUUUUGGCGGAAAAACACAUUUUUUGCGGUUUUGGACAGAAACACGUUUUUGUGAUUUUCAUGGGAAAACAAAAAAUUUCGGUUUUGACGAGAAAACAAGAUCUUUCAUUAUUGGCGGGAAAACGCGUUUUUGCGGUUUUGGCGGGAAAACGCGUUUUUGCGGUUUUGGCGGGAAAACCUGUUUUUUUCGGUUUAGGCGAGAAAACAUGUUUUUGCGGUUUUGGCGGAAAAACGCGUUUUUAUGGUUUUGGCGGGAAAACACGUUUUUGCGGUUUUGGCGGGAAAACGCGUUUUUGCGGUUUUGGCGGGAAAAUACGUUUUUGGCGGGAAAUCGUGUUUUGGUGGGGAAACACAUUUUUGGCGGGAAAACAUAUUUUUGCGGUUUUCGCGAGAAAAUGAGAUUUUUCGGGUUUGGCGGGAAAUGAGAUUUUUCGGUUUUGGCAGAAAAACGAGAUUUUCGGUUUUAGCGGGAAAACACGUUUUUUUUUUGGCGGAAAAAUACGUUUUUGCAAUUUUGGCGGGAAAACAUGUUUUUGUGUUUUGGCGGAAAAAUGUGUUUUGGGGUGUUGGCGUGAAAACAUGUUUUUUGUGAUUUUUGGUAUGAAAACACGUUUUUGGUUUUUGCGGAAAAACACGUUUUUGUAAUUUUGACGGGAAAACACGUUUUUGCAAUUUUGCGGAAAAAUGCAUUUUUGGGGUUUUGGUGUGAAAAAAAAUACUUUUUAGGUUUUCGCGGACAAACGUGUUUUUGUAUGUGACAAAAAUGAUAUUAUGUUUAGGUUUGUAAUUUGUGAAUUACAUUAGAGAUAUAAUAGACAUUAUACUAUUUUGAAUGAACAAUCCCCAUUCAAAUGAUCCAAAUUGGUUUAGCUGAAUGGACUUUAAAAUUAAGCUUAAAUUUUCAAAAGUCAUCCGGAUGUUCCAUCUGAAUGAAUUGCACUUUUAGUGACUAAACAAACAAAACUCUCAUUUUCAUCUAGAUGACUCAUCCAGAUAGAAAAACAAAUUCAAACGGUACUUCUGAUUUCUUUUUAUUUUAUUUAUUCCUUUAACGUUCACUGAUUUUGUACUCUUUUGUACCUGCUCACAGUCAACGGUUAUCCAAGCGUCUACCAACAUUAACUGCUCAAUACCUUCAAACAAAUUCUGAAGGAAGAAUCUCUUUAUGAGAUGAGAGUUUUUGAUGUCACCAGAAACAACCAAAACUUCAGAUUUGUUGACAGCCCUGUUGCUAUUCGAUUCACGCAGAUACCAAAACUUGACAAGAUAGCAGAAACCAUGAACCCUCUCCACGUGGAGUUUUUCAGGUUUAGUGAUUACGAACAACUCAUAUUAUUGACUAAUACGAACACAGAUUUACCAGGUGUGUUUCUGAAAUAUUAUGUAAUAGCUUGUGUAUUAUUGAUGAUCAAGGUAAAGUAUAUAUACAACCGUAAUGCCUUAAGAUAAUAGGAGAUCAACAUAAUCUCCAUAGAACUAGGAACGUAUAGUUAUCCUUAUCCUAAUACUCCCCCUCAAGUUGGCAAUGAAAUGUCUUGAAUGCCUAACUUGAAAAGAAGAUACUGAAAAGUAGGCGUAGGCAAUGACUUAGUAAGAAGAUCUGCUGGUUGUUCUUUAGUAGAUAUGUGCUCAGUAGUAAGGAUCUUCGCUUGAACGGCAUCACGAACCUUGUGACAAUCAUUCUCAACAUGCUUUGUCCGUUCAUGAAACACUGGAUUCUUCGCAAUAUGAAUCGCAGACUGGCUAUCACAAAAUAACCGCAUUGGUCGCCUAUGAGCAAAACCAAACUGAGCAAGAAGACGUUUCAUCCAUUGUAACUCACAAGUAGCAUCAGCCAUCGAACGGUACUCCGCUUCUGCAGAAGAACGUGAUACCGUACAUUGUUUCUUCGUUUUCCAUGACACUAACGAGUCACCUAAGAGAACCACAUAUGCGCUCAACGACCGUCUUGUCAGUGGACACGCAGACCAGUCGGAGUCACAGUACGCGGUCAAGGUCAUAUCACAAUCCGACUUGAGAAAGAUCCCUUGUCCCGGACUGCCCUUUAGAUAUCGAACAACUCGCAGAGCCGCAAGCCAGUGUUCCUGACGUGGUUUCUGCAUGAACUGAGAGAGAAUAUGCACUAUGUAGUUGAGCUCUGGUCGAGUGAAUGUGAGAUAGAUGAGACGCCCAAUCAAACGUCUAUAUUUACCAGCGUCUGAUACCAUGAAAUAUUAUGUAAUAGCUUGUGUAUUAUUGAUGAUCAAGGUAAAGUAUAUAUACAACCGUAAUGCCUUAAGAUAAUAGGAGAUCAACAUAAUCUCCAUAGAACUAGGAACGUAUAGUUAUCCUUAUCCUAAUAGUUUCGCUUUCGAUUCUUCUCAGCCAUUCCUGAGAAAUAAUUUUCAUCCCACAUGAAACUAUCAUUACUACAACUUUUUGGUUUCAGAUAUUGUUGGUGAAGUGAGGGAUAUUAAAACCACUUACAAUGAAGAGACCCAGAGCACUCAACGUAUUAUGCCUAAUAUAAGAAGUCACAGGUUAACAAUGACAUCACUUUCAUUUUGUUAACCUUUUUAAGACAAAUGUUAGUUUUAAUAUAUCAAAAUGUUUUACAUUUCAUCUCUUCCACUAUGCAGGGACACCACAGACCACAGUUUGUCUUAGUGUUUUUGACGGACUUGCCAUGCUUCUCUAUAAUAAAUUAGUAACGUCUAGUGUUGAGCCUGAGGUUAUUUAGUGAUGAACAUCAACCUUAAAUUAGUAGGAGGUGGACUUAUAUCCUCACACUCAUGUUCUGGUUUUCUUUUUUUUUUGUUUUUUGUUGGGCACUUUGCAACUUCUAAUUAGUUAGUUUUGUAAAGCUUGAAUGUACGCAAUAAAUUCAAAUAGAGCAAGUUUUAUGGGCUCCUCGUCACGUCGUCUGUACUUUGAGCAUCUCUCUUAGUGGAAUCUCUUUCACAUAUUAAGCCAUGCCAUUUGUUUCUUUUCCACGCCAUAUGUUUCUGAAUGAGUACAGCCAGUCAGAGUUACGUCAAAGGGUUAGGAGUUAGCGCCUCUGACACAUUCCUUAACCUAGGAUCUGUAACAUUGAGUAAGGUUGUUCCUCUACUUCUUACAAAAAUAUGGAGAUGUCAAAUAAGAUUUAAUCUAUAACAGUAUCAGAGCUUAAUGACUAUGUGCUAAAUUCACCGCCUCAGGUUAGCACACUAACGUUAACUUAUGAUCCUUUAUGAUCUGUCUCUAAUGGGCCUGACUCUGCAGUGUUUGGUGCUUUUGACCCUGAGAUGACAAAAUUGACCAAUAUUUAUGCUGCAAAAUUGUCACUGGUCAUUGUAUCAGUCACCAAGUAACCCAUUAUCUCUCUGUAUAUCUUCUCAUGAUUUUUGACGUUGUUUACUUUGAUACAACACGUAGGCAUUGAAGACCCACAUGUCAGGGUCCUCCCACAAGGCCUCCAGAUAUUGUAGGCAGGACGUUCACUUUCCGCUUUAGAAAUUCAAUUUCUCUUUCAAACAUCAGUCUUUCCCUGUCUCACGCAUUUUCAGUUGUCACCAGCGCCUGGCAAUAGCUAAUUUUGCGCUCCAGGUGACUUCAAUUCAACAACUAACAACUUACGUAUUUAUCCUCCUUAUGUGACUAGCAUAUUUUUAAUGGUAAUGACAACAAAUCCUUCUCAUGGUGUGUACAACAGUGUUCUCUGACCAGUAGAAGGUUCAAUAGUCAUGGUAUGGUUGAAGAAAACAGAGGCGAGGCAGGUCUACUACGUGCUCGACCUAUUAUUGAUCCUGAAAUGACUACGGAUGAGCCAACAGUUAUAGAGGAUGGACACUCUGUAAAGAAGACACGCAUUGAGGAAAGUCUCAAAGGAGUCUAUGACCCUCAUGUCGACUACAGCUACGCUGGAGUGUUUCUCAAAUUUAGCAUAAUAAUGAAAUAGGACUACAACUCAUUCCCACCCGUUAUGUUAGGGUCUUUGUUUUUGUGUCAAAAUUUCGUAUGUCUCAAGCAAGCUCACUUUUUACAAAUAUAUAAAUAACAACUUCUCCUAACUCAGCACAUAUACCAUUUGACAACAAAUAUAUAGAACAUUGUUUUUAUGUCAAAAUUUCGUAUGCCUCUUCACAUAUACCAUUUGACAACAAAUAUAUAGAACAUUGUCUUAAUACAUAUAUUCUUAUAUUUUUUCUAGCAGUAGUUAACAAAACACUUGGUGGAGUAAGAGAACAUAUUACAGACCAAUCUUAAAGGUUUAAACUAAGAAGAGCUAAGAAUCGCCCAACACAACCCGUCUCCAAACACUUAUUGACUUCUUCGUCUGUAUCAUUCAAACUUACUACGUCUUUUUGGUCAAAAAAAAAUAACUAUCAUUCUUAAUUAUAAGUAAUAUAUUAUCUGUAUGGUUUGUGUCUGGAAAAGGGUAAUGUUGUAUAAAUAAACCAAAUUACAUUUCAUGAAAAAACACAAUCCAAAUACAUGUUAUUAGACUAUAGCUCAAAUUCAUUGGUGAAACCUGCACAUUUCCCAUCACAUAAUCUCUGUUCUCUAGAAUUAGGGAUACUUUCCAAUGAGUACAAAUUACUAAAUAAAUAAAUAAAAUAAACUAUAGCACAAUUACCAUUUCUAAUAGUUAAUUUACAAUAUAAAAAUUAAUAUACAACACCAAAAAUUUAUAAUAAAAAUUGACAUCCCGUGCAAAGCGCGGACAAACCACUAGUAUAUAAUAAAACAGAGAGCCUAAACUAUGGAUUUUCUCUUUUUACACAGUGUAUGUUUUUUAUUUUUAACUCUUUAAAUUUGUUUUUUGGCCUAAGUUCUUUAACUUUUUAAAUUCAUAAUAACAUCUUACGAUGUUACAUCUUUCUUAAAAUAAUUUAUAAGAACUGUAUGUUUUGUGUAGUAUUGCUUUAAUAUAUGAUGCUUGAUCUUACAUCUAAAUAUCGUAUUGAUGUAUCUACUCAUUGAUAACAUAUUUGUAAACUAUGAACUUUUAAUCCUAUGUAUGCUCUCUUUAGGGAAUAUUCAGGUCUUGGUUAUGCGUAACAUAGAUUUCUACAAUAGAACUUAAGGUUUUAACCACGCGUUAGUGGUCCGAUGGCACAAGGCGGUCCAUGGAUCUCUAAGAGACCCGAGUUCGGAUCCGCUGUUGAAUCAGAUAAAUAUAGUGCAUGGUUACUGAAGCUUUCACAUUCUCUCUCCGGGGAAAUGGGUCAUCCAACUUAAGGCUUUUAGUGUUUUAUGGGCAUUGUUAUAGGUCGAAAAAAUAAUUUUUAAGAAAAUAAGAAAAACAAGUGAGAAUAUAAAGAUACAAUAAUCUUAUUUGGUUCCGUACACCAUUUGGUUUUAAGUAUAUAAGUUUGUUGUAGAUGGUUGCCUAAAAAAGCUAUAGAUGCUAACUUUCAUGACAAGAAGAUUGUUUGAUGGUGGACAACAACAGUCAUCAAACCAUCAUCGUAAGCAGAAUUAUUUCAAAUAUAUAUUCUAAGAUUACAUAUAGAUUCUAAGACACCAUACGUAAGAACUUGAUUGUAAAUUCAGUGACUGGAAAAGAAAACCAGUUUUAGUCAGUUGUGUAAUUGUGUUUAACAAUUUAUUCUUCUGAGAACACAAACAUGUAAAGAUAAAAGAGUAUUAGGAUCAUAACUAUAGCUUAGUUAACUCUUUAUUAAAAUCACAGUCUUGCUCAACAUCACAUAUAUAUAUGAUUGGAUAUUAAAAAGAGAGAAAAUUUUGAGUUUAAAUUAUUGCAAAUUUGAUAUGUAAUUUAUAUUAUAUGUAACAUAGUCAUACCCCCAGUAAACCCUCUCGUAUAUAAUAAACUAGGAUCAGCCCGUCCUAUGGGCGAGAUAUAUUUUACUUGUGAUCUAGAUUAUUAUUUUUUGUAUAAUUUUAUGGUUUGUGUUUUAAGAUUUCAUUUGCAAGAAAUGUGUGAUAAUGAUUUUUUGUCUUUUAGAAAGUUUUAGGUCAGGAGAGAUUAUAUAUUUUUCUUGUUUACAAUACUUGUUUAUGUUGUCCAAAAAAAAAUAGUUGUCUCUAUGUUAUAAAGUUGUGGUAUUGAUAUACGUGAGCGCUUUAAAUGGUUUUCAUGUUGUUUCAUUUUACAAAAAUUUGAGUCUAUAUUAAAAUGUACUAAUGGAGGUUAUGUUGUUUUCUAUAAUUUUAAAUUAAGUUUUGGUUUCAUAUGAAUUUAAAUAUACCUUAAAUAUACAAUGAACCGGUUACACAAAUAUAUUACGGUAGGUAAUUAAAAAUUUUGUUUUGUUUUAUUUAUUAUGAACGAACUAAAAUUAUUUGUACUAAUAUUAUUUAAUUUCCAUAACUGAAUAAUUAUAUUCAAGAAAGCAAGCUACACGAAUAGAAGAAAACGUUAGAUAUGAUCAAAAUAGUCUUUUGUCUUGUUCAUUAAAAUUUUUAUGUAAGAAAUAAUUUAAUUUACAACUGUUUUUUUGUUAAUGAGCUUUAGAAUAACUGAAUUAUUGUCUCCAGUCUUAAAAACAAAGACAUAUAAAUAGGUUUUUUGGUUUGGUGAUUAAAUAGAUUUAUCAAUCUAAUUAUAUUUACAGUUUUGCAAUCGAUAAUAUAUAUAAUUUUUUUUUGUUUUAGUUUGAUCAAAAUGAAACGUGUAAUGGAAAAAAGAUUCUGAACAAAAUGGUUGUGUUUUAGCAUAAAACUAUUUUUUUAUUAAUCGUCUUUAUUUUUAUCUAUAUAUCAAACGAAUGAUGAAGAAGAGUUUUCAGCACUAUCUCUUUAAUUUCAUAGCUUUCUUUUCCUUCUUCCUAAUCUUUCUCUCUUUUCUUUUUAGAUCUACUUUCUUGUGCAAAAGAACCACCGUGAAACUCAUGGUUCCACCGCAACUCCGCACAUCUUUCACCGCCACUGCCGGGCCUCUGUCCCAACUCCUUGCACCGCCACUGCCGCAACUCCUUCACCGCUGCUACCGCAACUUCUUCAUCGCUGCUGCCACAACUCCUACCUCUUUCUUUGUAUCCAGCCACCGCAACUGCUUGCACGACCACCACUACAACUCUGUUUACCACUACUUCCAUUCUGCUCACUUCUCAUCCGCUAUCACCACCGUUGCAUCAUACACCACCAAUUUUAUCAAAUUUAUUGCCAAUAGGAGAUCCGUUCUUUCCUUUUGAGUUUUUUUGUUAUUGAAUUUUUACAUUUAUUAUGCAAUGAAAUAUAUGAAGAUUUUUAAUAUUUGUUAUAAUUUAGUUAAAAUAAUUGUUUUUUGUAUAAAUAUUUUCAGUUGCCGGAAAUUAAUCGGAGGUGGAUUACUCAAAAAGUCAUCGGUACAUUCAGAUGAUUUUCCGAUGGAAAUUUUUGAUAAUAUAUGUUAUCGUAACUUACCGAGAAUUUUCCAACAAAUGGUGAUUUUCUAGACCCAAACUUCGAUGAAAUUAGGAUUGUCAAAAAAUGAUAGGAAAAACUCGUUUCCGAUAAACUUAUGUUUAAUAUGGUUGUCGCUUAUCACUUCUUUUUCUUGUAGUGAAUGAGCUUUAUUAAGCAAAACAUAAAAUCCAAUUCUAAUCGAAGCCCAUAAAUAUUGCUUACCAAAUUAAAUGAAACGAAGUGUUCUAAGGAUCGGGACACAUGACGAUUUUAAGAUACACGAAUUAGUGAACUGGAAUCUUAGGUGGACACCCUAAAAGAGAAGCAAUCUGAGUUUUAUAUAUAUAGAAGUAAAUAAGAAGGAAAGAAGAAAUAAGAAAUAAGAAGCGUGUAGGAAUGGUUAAUGUAAAAAUUAUAUAGCGUCAAGUCAAAAAGAUAUAAAUAUGUUUGUCUCCCUAUGUAUAAUGCCCACUCUACUCGUUGCUUAGCCACAUGAACUAUUUACAUUCACUAUAUGAUUGUCACUCUUAUAGUCUUAUUUUACCUUCCUUUUCUCUGCAUCUUAGUCAUAAGGCACGGUUACGAUGUGACAGAACGUUGAAAUUCGAUUAUUGUUUUAGAUGCAGUUCAAUUUUUCAUUACAACAAAAAUCUAUCGUCUGAGGGAUGGAGUAACUUUUUUUUUUGUUGAAAUGUUAAGAUGGAGUAACUUUUUUUUUUCUCAAGUGCAACAUUCUAAUUUUUAUGGUUAUAAUAGAGUCGGAGAAGGGAGCUACGUUACCUAGUUCCGUUUUUUUCUUACCGUAAGGAUGAGGCUCGAUCGGUUCUGCAGCUUAUAAUUAUUCUGGGCUACGCAACACUUUUAACUAUAGACAUAAUAAUACAAUAUGAAAGAAAAAUAAAACUUUAUAUUAUUUAUGUAGUGCAAGGGAAUAUAACUGUUUAUAAAAAAAAUUCGUGAAAACUUCAUAGUUAAACAUAUUACUAAUCAUCUCUCUAAACUAAAUUUAGGAAUGAUGGUUUUCCAGGUAAUGAUUUUUUUUUUUUGAUAAUUAAGGUAUUCGGACCUCUCAUUUAGUCCGGCUAUUCCACCGCGUCCAACCGGAACUGACGAAAGAGAUUCUGGAAGCCAAACGGAAACCAUGUUAAAUCCGCUAUGGCCGGGGCUCGAAUUCGUGAUGGCGGACACCUCAGCCGAUGUUUCUUAACCACCAGACCACAGACCACGAGGCCCGGUUACAUGAAAAUUCGACCAUCAACUCUGUGUUUGUAGCUCUAGUGUAUUACGAAACCUUCUAAAUGGAGUGUACCGUAAAAUCAUGACUUUAAGUUUUGUGUUAGUUGAACAAAAAAAGAGUUUUGUGUUAAAAGUAUUAUAUUAAAUUAAUAUAUUUAUUCAUAGUCGGAAAAAUUAUAGAGAAAAAGUCCAUAAUCUAUAAAUAGACCAUUAAUAUUAGAUGGUGGUGUACUGGUUCUUGAAUCAUAAUAGACUAUUACAAUUUUCAAAUAAUAGAUGAAAUUUGUAGUUGUUUUUUUUUUUUUUUCGUUUUGUGUAUGUGAUCAGCAUCAAUCAACUUAGAGUAUAUAGUAUGUUUUAAAAAUCAUUAUUAACAUAGACUUUACAUCAUUCAACUAGAAACAAAUAAAUAAGUUCUAACAAUUGGAACUCAACCAGCUGAUGAUGUAUACCAGAAAAUUUUGAAAUUCACAAUAUUUUCUUGUUAAAAUUAAUUUGUUAAUAUAAUAUCAAAUCCGUUAUUCUCUUCUUUUCCACAUAUAUCUUAAUUUUAUCAUUAUUCUUUUGUAGUGCUUUCGCCAUGGCCUUUACAUAAAUAAUCAUAUUUUUAUUUUAAUAAUUUAACGUAUAAAAAAACUGCUUACACUUAAAUAAGGUAGAUGAAGAUGUAUGAACAUGGAUAAGAGGAAAAACGUGUAACGGAAAUUUUUUGCAGUUUGAUUUUUCAUGUUCUUUUAACCCUGGAUUUUUCAUGUUUAGGCUUUCUAGGGUUCCUUCGAAAUUGUGUGUAACGGAAUUUAUGAUUAUUUUUUAGUGAGAUAAAACAACAAAAAACCAUUAAUACCAUUUUCAAAAUUUUGUUGAAGUGAAAAUAUAUGGUAAAUACCAAAAAACCGGUAACUAAAUUUGGCUCAAAGUCUUUCAGUACUUUCUUACAAAAAUAUUUCAGUCAUAAUGUACAUAUAUCAAUUUUGUAUCUUUCUAAUUCACAAUCUUAAAACAAAUAAUUUAUUAUCCUCUUAAUUACUAAAAUAUUUUCCAUAAAACUACCUUUGUAGGAUUAUUUUUUGUUCAUCAGUUAUGUUUUUCAUCUAACUACAUUUUAAGCAUAACUAUAAUAAACAAUCAUUAAAUAAUUUUCCGUCUUUAUAUUUUCGCUUAUUUGAUAACAAAAUAUUUAAUGAGUAGAACAGUUAUGAUCCCUCGAGUCAAUCCAAAACCCCCCACCGUCCCCUUAUAUAACCAACCAGUGUUAAUAAACUAAGAAAAUAAAGUACAAAAUUAUCCAAAAGUAAAUUCAUCGUUUUUUAGAAAAAAAAUCCAUCGUGUUUCAUUUUUGGAAAAAAUGAGUUUACUUGGUUAAGAAAUUACCACUCACUAAUAGGCCUACAGAAAGAGAGAUAAAAAACCAAAUAUUUCUGAUUAUUUGAGUUGUGAAAUUGGUACAGGAAAAUCCAUAUCAAUUGAUUUUUAAAUCUAAUAAUCAGAAAAUACAAUUGACUGAAGAAACAAUAAAAGCCAAAUCCAUUCCAAGGGGUGUUUCUAAUCCGAAUUACGUAGUUUGAAAUAAAAAAAUGAAACGAACGUAGACAUAAUACCAUAUUCAACUUAUUGAAGAAACGAUAAAUAAAUCUCCUUACCUUUUGACAAAUACGUACAAUAUUCAUUGUUUUGCUAUUUUUUGUAUUUUUCUCUGUAGUUACGUUUUAUUCCCCAUUAAAUUAUGAAUGAUGCACACCGAAGAGUUGGUAAAGGGGCUUAUAUAUAACGUGAGAGUAGCUAUGUUAUUCUCAUUUAACCUAUAUAGAUCAACCCUAGCUAAGAACUCUCUCUCUCUAUAUAUAUAUAUAUACCUCUCUCAUAAUCAUCAUAUCACCAAUAUCAUCAUGUCCUCCUCAAACAAAAACUGGCCUAGCAUGUUCAAAUCCAAACCCUGCAACAAACAUCAUCAUCGUGACAUGGAGACUCCAUCUAGCAUGCCCUAUUCUAAUUGCAACACACCUUCUCCUUUUUCCUCAGAUCGUGUACCGGAUCCUAAACCGAGAUGGAAUCCUAAACCGGAGCAGAUUCGGAUACUCGAAUCAAUAUUCAAUUCGGGUAUUGUUAAUCCACCUAGAGAAGAGAUUCAAAGGAUCCGAACUCGACUUCAGGAAUACGGUCAGAUCGGAGACGCAAAUGUUUUUUACUGGUUUCAGAACCGGAAAUCACGGGCAAAACAUAAGCUACGUGUUCUUAAAAAAAACCCUAAAAUGCUCGGUUGUAACCCUAGCAAGACCAGGAAGGAAAAAAUCAUUACUCCUAAUGAUAAUCCUACUGAUCCUUGUUUUGGUUUGGUUAACCAUGAAACCGGUUUAUUUCCGGGUCAAAACAAUGAGUUGGUGAUAACUGAACCGGCUAGUUUUUUAUAUCCGGAUGAUAAUAAUCCAAGCUUGACCCAAUCAGGGUUUGGUUUUGGUGGUUUUGUUGUGCCGGUGGUAGCUGAGGAGAGGUUGGAGUUAGCCGGCACUAGUAACGGCCUUAAUAUGAAUAUUCCGGAGAUCGACUUUGGCGGCGGUGAAAAUGGUUAUUUCCCUAAUUCGGUUCCUGUUACUGUUCCAUUAACCAUCAAUCAAUCACAAGACUCAUGGGGUUUGUUUGUGCACGGGGAAAUAAUAGUAUCAUCCGGUGGUGGAGAUAUCGGAGAUUAUGUUUCUCCAGUGAGGUUGACGGUGUUCAUCAACGACAUGCCUUUCGAUGUGGCGGCAGGACUAUUCAACGUCAAAGAGGCUUUUGGAAACAACGCUAUGUUGAUAAACUCGUUUGGGCAGCCUAUUCUCACAGACGAAUUUGGAGUUACUUUUCAACCUCUCCAAAACGGUGCUGUUUAUUAUCUUGUAAGUUUUUAGUGUGAUAAGCAAAAUUAUUUUUAAAAAUAUGGUUUGAGUCUUUUUUGUUUUUAAUUACUCAAGGGUUGUAUUGGAUUUUGCAGCUUUAAAAAUGAAGAUCGAAGAUCUGGGGUUUAAGGACGAAUAUCUAAUAUAAUAAGGAGAUGUCUUCAAUUUUAUUUGGUUACCUUGUGUUUUCAAGACUUUGAAAAAGAUUUAAUUAAAAAUUGGAACUUAGUUACAGCUUUUAAUGUUUGUUCCCAAUGUUAUCCAGUCAAUGUCAGUUGUGCAUUUCUAGUUUAUUUUGUUCUCGGAAUUUCUUAUUUGGUAUGUUAUUGUAAUGUAACGUAUAUUAAUUAUUAAUGGGGAAAAAUAUGAGAUGAGGACGAUGAGGACCCGUUGGAUUUUUUAAAGAUGAACUUUAGGAUUAGCUUAUUCUCCCGAUCUGUAGAUUCAAUUAUUGGAAUAUAGUUAAACAACAAACAAAACAUUCCUUAGAAUUUCAAAAAUAUUCACUGUUUUUAAAUGGUCCGCCAAAAUCUUCUUUGAGUUGUUUUUUACAUUGGGUAUAGUAAUUUUUUUUUUGAAUAAAAUGUUAAAUUUUAUUCAAAAGAAAAUGUACUUUUUACAGCAUGAGCCACUUUUCAUGACUUAAUUUAUGAAAUUCGUGAAAACAGUUACUAAACUAAGUCACUGCUCCAAUCCAUACUUGAUGAGCCGUCGCAAAUCCCUUAGCACAUGAGAAGAGUUCAACGACAUUAUCCUAUUCUUGACAAGUUUGCCAAUGUUCCGGAAGACUACUUCCCAUGGUGUCGAGGUAUCUCCAUGAUUCCUAGCAUUCCUUUCUCUCUAGAUUGCGUAGAUGGUUGCAUGUAUGACAUAGCAGGUGAGGAAGAGUUAGACUCUAUCAAGCUUCUUCUGCGAUACAAAGAUUGACGAUGUCAUUCCAGUUCGUUGAGUAAUGGUUUCACAUCAUGGAAAGAGGGUCGUGCAAAGCAAACCAAGUACAGAACUGAUACUUUGGUGUAGGGCAGCUGAACCAGAGGCAAUUGUGCCAUGGAACCGUUGUUUUGGUUGUUCUUAUAUGAUUCCACAUGUUUCUUUCCUUCCAUAGAAUCACAUCUUCAUCCUUUGUAUGAUUCAAAGAGAGGAAGUUAUGUUCGAUUCUGCGCAAAAUCUCAGAACAAUGUUGUCUCCUUCUCCUCUUUAUCCAAGCUGUAAGGAUCAUUAUCAUUCUUCCCAAGCAAUUUUUGAUUUUCUCGGGUUUAAGUCACAACAAGGCCAUAAUAAAGUAGAACAAAUUGACAUUACUCAAAUUAUCCUAAGGUGUGACUUUUACUAUUUCAAAUAAGAAGUUCAAUCGUAGUACUUAAGAAUCGAAUCCACAACGAGCGAGGGCACACAAUAGAUCUAAAGCAGUAAUGAUUAAGGUAGACAGUAAAUAAAUAACUCAGAACUAGCAGAUUGAUUGGUCGGUCGGUUAGUUUGUAAACAAUAUGAGAAAAUAGCUAAAUCUGCAGUUCAUGUAAUCAUAAUUAUAAUGAUAUAAAAUGCCUAACGUAUGCAGAUGACAAUCCUAAAACACGAUGUCUAAAACAAUAUUCUUAUAUGCCAAAACAAUAAGCUAAAAUACAUGUCUUUGAACCUUUUUUUUUUCAGCACAUAUGUCUUUGAACAUGUGUUCAUUAUUCAUGAACUUGUCUGAUCACCAUCUUCAUAGAUACGUGUAAAAUAUGCACAUAUUGUCUUAACUUAAUACAUUAAUUUAGAUUCAAUUUAUGUAAGCAAAAUGUUGUAGUUGAUCUACUUUGGAUUAAGUUAUUCUUGGGUUCACCCCCUAGGUUCACCAACCAAUAGAAUUUUUUUAUUUCAAAUUCGAUAUCUUUUUAAAAAAGAAAAAAAAUAUUGUCAAGUUAUAUUAUGUUUUUAAAAUAAAAAAGUAAAAAAAAAUAGUAGUUACAAAAGAAAAGAAAUUUUUUUAAAAAAAAUAUUGUUAACGUCUUCAGCAAAAC